CACUGAUAGCCCGGCUGCUAGCAACAAGCCCGGGCAUGUCCUCCGCCCCAAACAAGUGCCCCCGGCUACUGGGGGAGAGUGAUCCCAGCCGGACCGGGACUCACUGAGGCCAUAAAUAGCCCUGGGAAGUGGCCCAGCCCUUUUCAGUGCUGGGGAAGAGAUGGAGGUAGGCUCCAUGAUGGCAUCUGGGCCGUUAAGGGCCGAGGCAAGCUCUCUGAGACCCCUGUGCAGGAAUUUUGCCCGUGGAUCGUGUCGGUGGGGCCAGAGCUGCCGCUUCUCACAUGACAGAGAAUCAGCCCGGGUCUGCAGGUACUUCCAGCGUGGAUUUUGCCGUUAUGGAGAGUGGUGCAGCUACCAGCACAUCCAGGAGGAGCCAGCACCAGUAGGGACCCGAUAUCGUCUGAUGCCUCACUGCCACUGCGGGCAGGAGCCUGGCACUGAGCCCACAGCCAUGCACCGGGACCAGGAGGGACCCCAGUGCAGCACAGCCUGCAGCAUGACGUGUGUGGCCUUCAAGUUCCCCAAAGUGGAGGUAGAAGUGGAAGAGAAAGACAAGAAGAACAUCCCAGCACUUGGUAACAUCACCCGUGGGGCCAUCAGUGGAGAAUUUGUCCCCACAAAAGCUCGGGGUGCCUCAGGCUUCCAGCCACAAGGGCCAGCACUGGAUCCAGACUCCUCUGACCCCAAAGAAGCAGUUUUGGACACGGUGACACGGACUGACUCUGCAGAGGUCCCUGCAGAGCCAGGUGCUGAGGCAGCUCUGGUCACCACUGCAGUGCUGAGAGCCCAGAGUGAGGCUGUGGUGUGUGGCAUCUGCAUGGACAGGGUGUAUGAGAAGCCACUGCCUGAGGAGCAGCUCUUCGGGAUCCUCCCGAACUGCAGCCACGCGUACUGCCUGGGCUGCAUCCGCAAGUGGCGGCGCAGCCGCGCCUUCCAGAGCGCUGUCGUGAAGGCCUGCCCAGAGUGCCGGAUCCCCUCCAGUUACUACAUCCCCCACAAAUACUGGAUCUCAGAUGUGGCUGAGAAGGAGAAGCUCAUCAGAGCCUUCAAGGCACGGACAGGGAAAAUCAGGUGCAAAUUCUUCCUCCGUGGCCACUGCCCUUUCAGAUCAGAGUGCAUCUACCUGCACGAGCUGCCUGCCAGCUGGCUGCGGCGGCACAGACAGCGGCAGCUGAGGAUGCCCGCUGUGUUCAUCCCUUCUUCCUCAGAGAGCUCUGACGAGGAGGAUGAGGAACUCUGCAUGCUCGAGUGGGCUUUUACCAUGGCCAUGUGGGAGACAGAAAUUCCCCACUCGAGUGGGGGCCUCGAGCUGUUUCUCACUGACUGCAGCGAUUCCGACUGAGCCGUGGGGACCGCGCUGGGCCUGGGUGCUGCUUUGACUCCUGCCAUUGUUUCGGGGUGGCUCCAGCCGCGGGGGUGUUGCAGGGAUGGAGUGGGAUGGGGGAGCAGUCUGUCUGGCAUUUAUGGGAGCACCGGGGGAGACUCAGGGCACGGCCCCCCCGCUCUUGCCGUGGUGCCCACUCUGCGCGCGUGGGAGACCCACGGGUGGGGUGGGCUGGGUGCUGGCAGGCAGCAGUGGGGGUCUGACAUCCACGGGGGGGACCGGGCAGCAGGGGGGCACUGUUUUAAACUCUUUUUAGCCAAAUCCGGGAAUAACGAAA